GGGAACUCGUAUGUUCUUUUUACGCAGAUUUACGGACUAACAUGGGGGGAAGAGAGAGCUCCUGACGAGGAUUGACUCUCAGUGAACCCCUGCUCCGUGGUACGAGUCUGAGGCUAAUAAGACAGGGAGGAAAGAGGUCGACAGGGAAGACAUGUUGAAGGGUUUUUCGUCUUGAGGUUGCGGUAGGAUGUUGACGUUGUGCUCUUGAGACGGACGGCUCUCGUGGAGGAAUUAAAAAAAAAAAAAAAAAGACGGCGUAUGGAAACUGGGCGGUAGGAAAUGCUCAGGAGCCAUUGUUUUGAUCGGUGUUUAUUUAAUUGGUUUGUUGUGAUCUGAAAUAACGAAGGCCUCGUAGGCAGCCCCGCAGUAAAUAUAGACACGGUCAGCAAACAGAGGCUACAUCGCUGGAAAUUGACCCGAUAAACCUAUUUCCAUUUUAGGAGACGUUUUUUUUUUUUUUUUUUUUUAAAAUUGAGCCGCUGUGUUUUUUGCAGUGGGUUAAAGGCGGUGUUUACGGACGGUUCGCUUUUAAAACCAAACGCAGCGUUUAGAUGAAAUUGCUUAACCGGAGAGCCAAAACAUUUCCAGAUACAUCAACUCUUAAGGGGGUCAUACAAAGGCCCAGUAGAAAACACAGUGAAGGCUACUUGGCAGUUUUAAAAGACUAUUUGACCUGCAUAGUAAAAUCCAGCAGAGGUUGGAUUAAAACACAAAGGUGUCUAAUUUAGCCCCAGUUUAGCUCAGCAGAGGGGACAAAAGACGAUUUUUAAAUGUUAAUGUCGACCGACGUUGCAUCAAUCAUGCUGCCUGUGUCCCGGGGUCUCAUGGACCGGGAUAGAGAGCUGGACACCAUGGCCGGGGUUCAUCCCAACCCGGGCGUCGCUCCGGCAGCCGUCCGGGGCAUGAAGCGCGGCGACCCGGAGCCGGACGUGCAGACGGCGGCGGCUCUGGUGGACUCGGCCGGGGCGGAGUGCAAGCGCCCCCGGAUCGACGGCUCAGGAGGAAUCGGCGAGGUCGGUCAGAAUAACGACCCUUUGACCCUUGGUUACCAUGGCUACCCAUCUCAUAGUCAGGGCUCUCAGGAUAGUGCUGGCGGUCAGGAGGGACUCGUACCCCCACCUUUCUCCGCAUUCCCUCCACCUCCACCGCCACCCCCCCAGAACGGCCUGGCCCUGGAUUACGGGGGCAGCCUUUAUGCAGCAGGGGCUGUUCAGGGCCCAGUGGAAGCCGGCGGAGCAGCGAACAGUGCCGCCAACACCGCCAACAGCCUCAGUGCCCAACAGUCGGAUGGGUCCUCCCAGAUUGAUGGACAGUCAGGGGUUGGCUCAGGAGGAGGAGGUGGUGGGGUGAGCGCUGGGGAUGAUUCAGACGCCAAGGGGACCCCCAAACGCCUCCACGUGUCCAACAUCCCCUUCCGCUUCCGAGACCCUGACCUACGGCAGAUGUUUGGGCAAUUUGGCAAAAUCCUCGAUGUCGAGAUCAUUUUCAAUGAGAGGGGAUCCAAGGGCUUCGGUUUUGUAACAUUCGAGUCAAGUGCAGAUGCCGAGAGGGCCAGAGAGAAGCUUCACGGUACGCUGGUGGAAGGACGUAAAAUUGAGGUCAAUAAUGCCACAGCCAGAGUGAUGACGAACAAGAAGAUGACCACACCGUACUCUAACGGAGAAGGCCUCGCUGCUCUUCCAUAUGCUGGGUGGAAGUUGAGCCCCAUGGUUGGAGCGAUGUACAGUCCCGAGCUCUAUACAGUACCAGGGUUCCCAUACCAAGCAGCGGCAGCAGCAGCUGCUUCCACUGCUGCGACCUUUCGAGGCACUCAUCUCCGGGGUCGUGCCCGGCCCGUCUACAGUGCGGUCAGGGCAGCUGUGCCACAACCUGCCAUCCCUACAUACCCCGGCGUGAUGGCCUAUCAGGAUGGUUUUUACAGUGCGGCCGAUCUCUAUGGGGGCUAUGCAGCGUAUCGUUACGCCCAGCCGGCUGCGGUAGCGACUCCGGCAGCAGCAGCGGCUGCAGCGGCAGCUUACAGUGACAGCUACGGACGAGUUUACACGGCAGACCCGUACCAUGCUGCACUCGCCCCGGCUGCCUAUGGUGUUGGAGCCAUGGCCACGCUGUACAGGGGAGGCUACAGUAGAUUUGCCCCUUACUAAGGACACCAUAUUUCCCAGGAGCUCCUCUCUUGCAUUGAAUUACUCUAAAAGAGCUCCCUCUGUUGUGGUGGAGGUGGACUGCACCCAGUUUUAAAGUGUGGAGUAAACCACAACAAAGAAAUUUAUGAUCCCCACCCAAAGCAGUCCCACAUUUUCUUAUAUAGGCUACUACAGAAAUAGAGGAAUGCUGUAUUAAAGACUGACAGAUGGCCUUUACAUUUAAAAAAAAAAAAAAAAAAAGAAGAAGAAAAAAGUAAAGACUUAAAAUGGCCACCUUCCCUAUUGCACGGCUGUAUUAUAGUCCCCUCCCCCCCUUAUUCCCUCUGCACUCCGCAGCAUACUCGGGAUGGAGCCAAGAUGUUCUUCCAAAGGCUUUAUGUGGAUAACUGACAUUAAAACAGCUGUCAACCAUGUAUGAAAAAAGUGCUCAGUGCUGUGUGGCCUGCACACACUCGACAUAUAAGGAAAAAGAGAGAGAAGCAAGAAAUCGAGGUGUUCACAAAGCGGUUGGAGCAGUAGGAAGCAGGAAGGUGCAUCGAAAGAGCAUCUAGAAACAUUUUGAACCUGAAUGACGAGUCACUAAAAUGAUAAAACAACCACGGAUGGAUUUUAUUAUUCCUCCUUAACGUGGGCGUAUAGUAAUGAGGGAGGAUUUCCAUUCUCGUUGUAUUCUGGUAGAGGGAGACUGAACAUGGCAACUUGGAGAGAUGAUGCGAUGGUUUAUAACGCUACAGAAAUCACGUCCGAAAGCUGAAGGAGGGAGGGUUAUUAGAGCUGUUCCUUACCUCAAGUUUUCUUAGUAUGUGGAAAUGGUGAACCUUUAAACUUAAAAUUGUUAUGAUAUGCAAAGAAAUUAGUUUAGAGAAAAAAACUUACCAAAUUAUUAUUAUUAUUGUAAUUAUUCUCAUAAUUAUUCUUAUUAAACCAUUAUUUUUGUUUGACUCAGCUACACAGCAGCCACUACUGUUAUGGGACAUGUAGAUUAAACAGUGAAAUCAGAAAAUGAUCAUCUAUUAAACUAUAAUAUUCCACCUUUUGACCAUAUGACACAUCUAUAGUCUCACUUCAUCCUUCUCAUGCACAGGAUUUCACUACACUCUGUGUGCAGCCACCACUAAACACUACAGAAAGUGUAACACUACACUGAACAACUUUUUCUCGUUCAGUUGAUUUUAGAUUUAGAUCCAAAUUAAUCCUCCAUCCACAACCCUGGGGUUCAAGUAUUUCUUGAUUAUUUAAUAUAGAAACUUUAUUAUUUGGAUUUUCCCCUCCCGCUCCAUCUUUUAUAGAGCAAAGUACAACAUUGAAUGAGUCUUCCUAAAACAUACUGUGGUUGGUAAUUGUGUUCGGGACGCUGCCAGCAGCAAUUACUGAGCAAGAGAGAGAUUCUGUCAGUGAGUUAAUAGAAAAUAUUUAAAUGCAAAACUCCUUACUAUUGUGCAUAUUUCUAUACUGUUGUAUUUCCAAAACGUGGCUUUUUUUUUUUGGCUUUUGUUUUUGUUCCAAAGAUUUGUAGAAAGCACAUUUUUCUGGCGUAUGUAUAAAUAUAUAAUCUUUGUUACUAUUAUCAUAAUCCUUGAUAAUCCUAUUGCUGUCUUUAUUUACU